AUUAUUAUAUUGGUUUGUAGUUAUGCACUGUCAUUAAAUGAGCUGUUUCGAAAAUACAUAUAUUAUAAUACUGAAAAUAUUUACCGUAAUCACAAGUAAUCAGUUGAAAAAAUAGAUAAUUAUUAUUGAAACUGUUCCAUUCUCUGCAUAAAGGGAUUAUGAGCACCUCAUAAGUCAUCCUUAUCAGUCAUCACGGAAUCAAUCAAGGUAGAUUUUCUCGAGCACACUUUUGUUCACCCAAAAGCGUAAUAAUCUAUGUCUUAGUGUUGCACUCAGUGUCCUUAUUCCUUUAGUUAACCACACCCUUGUUCCAUGUACUUAUAACCGCAUUACUGAAUUAUGAAGCGUGUCUUGCUUUUAUUUCUAGAUCAGUUUUAGUAACCAGAAUUUUUCCCGCUGUUUACAUGAUGAGUAAUUCGUGUACGCGGCAGGUGUUGGGAGGCAUCCUGCGACAAGCGGUGAGCCACCAUCUGGGGCAGUGGUGGGCGCGGGAGUGGGCGGGAUGGUGGUGGCUGACCGGUGUCAUUGUCACCACUGCUUACACCACCAAUCUAGUCGCUUUCCUCACCGUGCCAGUCUUCCCACGCCGCAUCGAGACCGUCGAGCAACUUGCCACGUCAAAUCUCAGAGUGGCGAUGCAGGACUACGGCAGCUUCGUGCCUGAUGCGCUGCGGGCCUCGCCGGAUCCCGCCCUUUACAAGCUAGGGGCCAAUUUAGAUCUGUUCCCUUACGUGUACCUCAACUACGAGGUGGGCUUCUCGUGGGUGUCCAACAGAACCCACGGCCUGGUGGAGACGCGCUCCUACCUGGCCUACGUGGUCUCGCUGCACAACGUGAGCGGCGCCACCUACGUCAUGAAGGAGACGGUGAGGAUUGAAAGCUGCGACUUUGUAGAACGCGACGAGGUCAUUUCAGUUGCACUCACAUAUACUUUUCCCUGCACGAGUCUUGGCGAUUUGCACAGUACUGCCUCUACUACGGCAUUGUGUCUCGGCGAAUUCUUGAUUUUCAUUCUUUGUCCACAAUUUAGCCAAUUUUGAGUUCUUGUUUCUAUUUUUAUGUUUCUAAUUUUCCUAAGUUCCUCUUUCUGCUUUCCACAUAUAUAAUUUUUCUUUGUUUCCUAUUUUAAAAAGCAAUAUUUUCUCUAGAGUUGUCGCUCUUAUUAUCUGACAUUUCCUAUUGUGAUUGGUUACAAAUAAGGUGUGUGUGUGUGUGUGUGUGUGUGUGUGUGAUUCAGCAUAACUGUCCCGAUAUGGACGCGAUAGAAGGAGCGUUCCUGCCUUGCUUGCUUGCUUACUUUUGGAGGAUAGUAUAGGUGGGGUGAAAGAAGAAUUAAAAGUGGAAGUAUAGUGUAGGGGAACAAUGAAGUACAGUAGGAGAUCAAUAGGUGACGGGCUAACCGUCUUGCUGUUCUCAGGUGUACCCGGGCUACCUGUGCUGGAUCCUGAGGAAGAACUGUCCCUACGCGGACCGUGUGUGGCAGGCGCUGGAGGCACUGGUGGAGGCUGGCCUGGUGCAGUACAAGUAUCGCAAGCACAUGCUCAUAUCCUCGGGCUCCCAGGAUGCCCAUGACAGGGUGUUGGCUGGGGAGGCGCUGCAACUCGGCCAGAUGCUGGGGGCCUUCAUGCUCGCCGCCAUGGGUCUGGGCCUCGCCACGCUAGUGUUUGUUGGAGAAAAGCUUUCGUCUCUGAUCACAAAUAAGUAAAGAAUCAGACGAGCAGGAACAAGCGGUGAAUGUCAUGCAGUACUCUUCUGUCCACCUCACAGCACGUCCUGAGAUGGCUUCCUACAGCAGUAUAUUGAGCCCACCAAGACAUUUUUCUCACUUUUUUGUCCUUAUUUUUCUCUUAUAA